AUGGACUCUCCCCCCUGGGAUCCGAGCCUCUCAAAAGCUCCUCACGGAAAGGUUUCUCUGGCCUGGCAUGAAAAAGGACGUCAAAGCUUGGACCCGGUCGUGUAUGAGUUGCCAGCGCAACAAGGUGCAACGUCACAACAAGUCCCCACCAGGCAGUUCCCCACACCCGACGCACGGUUCAACCAUGAUGUCGCAUGUCCCUUGCCUCCAUCCAAUGGUUUCACCGACCUCUUUACCUGUGUCGAUCGAUAUACCUGUUGGGCUGAAGCUAGACAUUUGCCGAAUACGCAGGCGGAAACCAUCGUGAAGGCUUUCGUCAGUCGUUGGGUCGCCAUGUUCGGUGUUUCAUCCACCGUUCAAACUGAUCGUGGUGUCCAGUUUGAGUCGGCACUCUUCCAAACGCUACUCAAUUUCCUUGGCUGCAUACGCAUUCGGACGACAGCCUACCACCCAGUUGCCAUCGGUAUGGUUGAGCGUUUCCAUCGCCAACUAAAGACCGCCCUUCCUCUUGCACUUCUCGGCAUCCGCGCAGCUCCGAAGUCGGAUCUGGGCUGUAGCGCAGCUGAAUUGGUUUUCGGCACUAUCCUCCGACUGCCAGGCGAGAGAAUCAUCCCAAUCUCUCGUGGAGCCGACGAGACUCCUGACAGCCUUGUCUACCGUUUGCGGCAAUUUAUGCGCUCGCAUUCCCCGGUUCCACCCCAAACUCCAAUGACUGAGUCUAUGUCGAAAAAGACUUGGACAACUGUACUCACGUGUUCGUCCAGUGUGACCGUGUGCGCCAGCCGCUGGAAUCACCAUACGAAGGACCGUCCCGCAUGUUCGCGCGCAACGCCAAGACUUGCCGGAUUCUUCGCGCUGACAAGGAGGACGUGACCAAUGUCGAUCGGGUCAAGGCUGCUGUUGCAGAGGAGCCGCCGGACCUGUCACAAGGACAAAAAUGUGCUGACCUCCUUACCCCUGCCCCUCCAUCUUCCCUAUUCCUUGCUCAGUCACCCUAUUUACCGCCUCGCUCUUCCUCUCCCUUGCCCUUUAAUGCUCCGUCCCGCAUACUUCUUCUGCCUAUGUCUACAGCAUCCAACUGCGAAAUCAUCCUCCACCAUAGCACGCAGUCAAACCUCUUCGACUGUACCUCCUGCUUACAUCAACCGUAG